CACAAGAAACCUCCUUCCCUCCCUACCUCCCAUUUCCCCUUUCCCAUAAUUCUCACCAAAUCCCCAAAUCUCCGCUUUCUUGCUUUUCCAGAUCUACUCUGCUCUACUCAGGAAGGAAAGAAAUCCAGCAAGAACAGGAUGGAGAUCACCGAGAUUAACAUGAUAACCGAUUUCCAGGUGGGGAUGAAAUCGCUGCAAAACCCCUCAUUCCUUUCGCGAUUCUCUUCCAUUUCCGGCAAGGAAAUUGUUUCGCAGGUUUACAGUUUCUGGACUUUGGGGGCUUUGAUUUUCGCUGUUUUCGCGACGUUUAACAGUUUGAUUAAGAGGAUUAAGCUCGUUUUGAUUCGAUUUACUGUAAAACCUUCUGCGGAGAUUGUUGAUUUCAGCGAUCGGGAUGAGGUUUGUUCAGCGUCGUCGGAGGAUGAAAACGACGGAGAAGAAGAUAAUAAUAGUGUUAGCUAUACGACGUCGUUUCGGAGCCGUCGUUGCUCGGCGGACGGAGAUUUCCAGGUUAAAGGAUCGCGUCUUCUGUUCAGAAGCCAGGGGCAGAAUGGUCAUUUCAGGCGGAGAUGCCGCGGUGGCGCGUCGCCGGAGUUUGAUGUUCCUGGUGGUAAGGGUAAGAGUGUUGUUAAGAUCUGGAAUGGUUUGGGGUUGAGGUUUGAUUUUGAUGAGGAUUUGUUCGGUUACGAUUCGAAAAGCGUGGUCUCGACCUGGAAAUCCGAUCCAGAUCCGCCGGCGAGCGGUUUCUCCGCCGUGGUUUUGAAUUCUCCGGCGGCGGCGCCGCUGGAAUCGCCGGUGGUGUACUUGGCGGAGGGGAAUGGGAAGGGAGGCGUAAUUCUAGGCGGUUACGACACCAGAAUGCGGCGGAAUAUUCCGGCUAUUUACGCCGAGUGGAACUCGCCGGCGGCGGGCGUCGCCGCCGUCUCCACAGGCGGCAUUGGCCGGGUUUACGUCAGGGAUGACGUCGGCAUGACCGUAACGGUUGGUGACGUGAGGAACGUAACGCGGCCGUUAGAGAGCGUCGCCGAGUCUAACGGCGAGUCCUGGUGGGAUCCUGACGCCGUUAUUAGGACGGACUCUGGAUAGUUGUUGAUUCUGGAAGGUCCGGGAUCUCGAAAGUCCAGGUGGAUGUACACCACAAAAUUGACGUGGACCCAAUGUAAAUGAUGAGCUGUGUCUCUAUCGGCGUUGGAGUCCAGGUGCAAAUUUGUUUGUUGACUUGUAAUGGGACAAAAAAACAUGUCAUUCUAAUAA